AAAACAAACAAAAACUGUCACUAUAAUAUCAUCAAAAUACCUCGUAUCAACCAAAUCCAAAACCCAAAAUGCAGUGCGAAAAUGGACUAAACUAAUAUGUAAUACCAAAACCGAAGCAUGGACGUAGUAUAACUCUUAGAAUAGCUAAACAACAAAAUGGGCAAGCCGAAGUACGAUCCACCGACCGGAACGUUUCCAUACAAAAUCAACAGGAGGCUCAACAGCUUGAGCAUACCGAGGAGGUAUAUUAUUGACACUGGCGAGGGUAUGCCGGCUCUAACGCCGUAUGGCGUUCGGAAAUCUGCUAUCCGCGCUCCUCCCAACGACAGAGUAAAUGAUGCUGCCUGGCCUUAUACGCGGCGAUUUCUUUUGAUCAAACGCAUGUACAAGCACCGCUUUAGCCCCGAACGCAUAGAAAGAAUCGAUCAAAUGAUCGAGGCUGCUAACGUGACCAUUUACUCCAAGUUGGCUAACUGUGUUUUAGACCUAAAGAAAAACGAAACCAAAGACGUUAAGAAGAAGCGGGGAUGGUCGGAGACUGAUUGGAAAAAGCAUAUGGACUACAUCAGUCAGAUCGCUGGACCGAAAAAGGACUUUAGACCGCCACCGAUUAAGCGUGGUGGAGGUAUGCCCUUAGAAGCAUUAUUGCCCAGGCUCAAUCACAUAAGCCGCUUACCAGAAUUCAAAAUAUACAAAAGACUGUCACAGGAAGAUUGGUAUCGAGAUCCUGUUAAGGUGCCCCCUAAUGCUCUGAAGUAUGUAAUAACCGACCGUGUUAAGAAACUGGCUACUCCAAGAGUUAUACCACAACCGGGGACGUUCGACUGACUUCAACAAAUAUAAUCAUACUAGCUGAUACCCCGCGUCUUCAUUCGCGUACAUACAGGACUGAGCACAUAAUAGCGACAUUUCAAUAUUUUUUGUAAAUAAAAUAACACUUACAAUGUAUAAUAUGCUGUCGCGACACUUUUUGAAAAUAGUGAUGUGUUCUGCAAAGACGUUGUACAUUAUUUUAUUCUAUCAUCAAUACUUUUCUCAGCAAACGCGGUGUAAAGUAAUAUUUUAGAUAUUUUUUAACAUCUUGGGUUAUAUUAUUGGUGUUUCAUUAAGGAUCCCUAAUUUUUUUGAAAAUAUGUUAUAACCUAUGUCAUCCGGGGAUAGUGUAACUUCCUAAGAGUGAAAGAAUUUUUCAAAUCUGUUUAGUAGUUUCGGAGCCUAUUCAAUGCAAAUAAAUAUACAAACAAACAAUCAAAUCUUUCCUCUUUAUAUUAGGAGUAUAGAUUACUCAUAGGACCGUAAAGACACCGACGCUUUUCUUAAACGACUACACGGUAGCACAAUACAGUAAUAGAAACAGUAUUUUAACUUUAUACUAGUGCGACCGAAUCGACGCACGCAAACAUAUACAAUAUAAUUUACACAGCCGCUAAGUAAUCUUGGGGAGACAAAACUAAUGUGUGUCACGCCGUACGCCGCCGAGACUUGUCGCUGUACGAGUUAAAUUAGGCUAUGGUCUUCUAUUUUAUGCCGUACGUGGCGUCUGGCGUUAGCGUCAACGUUCAAUUCCGUGGCUUCCAACGUCUGGACGCAACGCACGGCGUCGGCGGUCAAUGGCGUCUGGCGUGACGCAGGUGGCUCAGUGGCUUCUCGCGAGCGGUCACGUGUGGUAGGUUGUGUUUUCGCGAUGGAUUUGGUGAAACUUUUUAUGGUAUAUUUGUUACUAGUUUAUCACGAAUUUUUUCCCAAUAUUGAUGCUUAUAAAUAUUGUUUUUAUGAUUCUUAUCACUUUUAUCAUACACUGCAUUAUAACAUUUUACUGAUUCAA